AUGCUGCCGACCAUCCCUGCCUUUCCGUCUCGAAAUCUUGGUCCCUAUCGUCCGCACCAUCCGUUCCGUGUCCAAUUUGCGAUGGUUCUGAUGGUACCACAAGUGUAUCCGAUCGGACUUCCGCCGACUUUUACGAUGAGAAACCGUGGAGGAGCAAUGAGAGCACAUCCGUUCUGGCGUCCGGAAAGCGAUAAUAACCAGCAGGACCAUGGUCUCCGGAUAACUCCGCCGUCUGAGACGUCUACUCCGAUUGGAUCCAUUGGUGAUCCGAGAAUUCAGAACGAGCAUGCGUCUGUUCUGACGACGAACCAGUUGACGGAUCAGCAAAAGGAGGCGCUCGAGAAGAGAUACGCCGUUUUGGAGUACAUUCAAGAGGAGGAACGGCAGAAGUUGGCGAGUGAGCUCGGUUUGAGUGCGGAACAAAUCAAGAAUUGGUUUGAUAAUAAUCGAAAAAGCGGAACGGAGCAACGUAGAAUGCAUCUGAACCGAAAACAUUUCACCAAGGAGCAAAAGGAGGUGCUGAAGAAGAGAUUCUCCAUUUCUAAAUCAAUUAGCAAAAACGAUUGCGAAGAGUUGGCGAGUGAGCUUAAUGUAACUUCUGAUCGAAUUAAGAAGUGGUUCUCAAACAGACGGACCAAGCAACGCGCUCAAUCUAAAUGA